UUAGCAAAUAGCAAACCAUGGUGGAAAACAAAUUUCUUUUUGUCAGAACCUGUAUUAUUUGGUGUAUGGGAUGGAGUGUUCACAUCAUGCAUGAUCAAUCUCUUCAGUGUUAUAAUAUUCUUAAGAGUUGGUUGGAUUGUGGGAAAUGCUGGAGUCGGCCCAUCUAUUGGUAUAGUAUGCAUAACAGUUCUUAUUGGAACAACAACAGUGUUAUCUGGUAUUGGAAUUUGUGAAAGAUGUCAUCUGGAAAGUGGAGGAGUUCAUUUCCUUCUGUCUCAUAUUUUUGGAGCUCGUACAGGAGGAGCUGUUAGUCUGAUAUAUUGCUUUGGUCAGUCAGUCAGUUGUGCAUUACACGUAAUGGGCUUUGCUGAGUCAUUUUCACAGAUUGUUGCUGUCUCUAAUCCAUGGGCAAUACGAGCUAUUGCUGUUGGAGUUAUAACGUUACUCUUAGGCAUCAAUUUAGCUGGAGUAAAGUGGGUAAUUCGCCUCCAAUUUGGUCUGCUUAUAAUUUUACUUCUAGCUGCUCUUGAUUUUGCUGUAGGAACAUUUAUUCAAGUAGAUAUAGCCCAUGGUGUUAUUGGAUAUGACUUGACAAAUCUGCAAAAUAAUACAGGUUCUGCUUAUACAAAUAAUGAAAAUUGGUUUACAGUCUUUGGUGUAUUUUUCCCAGCUAUGACUGGUAUAUUAGCUGGCAUAAAUAUGAGUGGAGAUCUACAUAAUCCAUCCAGAGAUAUUCCUGUGGGCACUCUCGCAUCUGUUGGCACUAGCUUUUUUAUUUAUAUGCUUUUUGUUGUUGGUUUGGGAGCUACUUGUCAACGUUGGGCUCUACAAACAGAUUAUAUGAUAGCUGCUAAGGUAUCUGCUAUAGGUGUUCUUUUACUUGCUGGCCUUUAUAUAUCAGCUAUGUCAGCAUGUUUAGGGGCAUUAUAUGCAACUCCGAGAAUCAUCCAAAGUAUGGCAAAUGAAAAUGUUAUUCCAAUAAUGCGAUUUUUAGGAAAAGGGAAAGGUCCUAACAAAGUACCAAUAUAUUCACUAAUACUUUUUGCUACUGUCACUUUCAUGUUUGUGCUUGUUGGGAGUAUUAACACAUUGGCUCCUAUAGUCACAAUACCAUUUUUAUUAACAUAUGCCACUGUUGAGUAUGCUUACUUUUCACUUGCAAUGACAUUUGACUUGCAAAAAAGACGUGAAGAAAGGUAUGCAGAACAAGGUUUGCAGAGUCCUUCAUUUGUUGUGGAUCAUAGUGUCGGAAGGAUAACAGCUUAUGGGUCAACAGUUGAGAGCAAGGCUGAUGCAGACUUAGAUGAAUUAUUUCCAGAGCGUGUUCCUCAUCAUAAGCGUGGCAUGGUACGAGAGGGAAGCAGUGUAAGUGUCACUGCAACAGAUUCACCAGUGACUUCACCAGAUGAGCAUAGUUCUAUACGUAGUGUUGAAAGUAGGAAUUCUCAGUGUAGUGCUAAUGAACUUAACAAUAUUCAUGAUCAAGAUAAGUAUUAUAGAAGAGAAAUAGGCAGUAAACAAAAACAUUGGUAUACAGUCUUUUGUAACAGAUGGUUGGCACUCUUUGGGGCUGUUGUAAAGAUAGUCAUGAUGUUUUUGGUCCAAUGGAUUUAUGCUUUAUCUUCUUUGCUGAUUCUUAUUGCUUUAUGGUUUUAUAUUGGGCAAGUUAAUCCAGGAAGCUGCCGUGGUGUAGCUGAGUUUAGAUUAUUUCCAUGGAUAAAAAACACAUUCUAUAGAUGUUUAGGAUGCAAAAUAGUUGAUUAUGAUCAAAUUAUUGUUGCCCCUGUCCUUCCUGAAGUUGAAGUAAAAGCUGCUCAAUUAACAGAGGACAAUACAGAUUAUACUUCUAGGAAGCGCUAUCAUCAUUCUAAAACAAUUGAAGUUGCUCCAACGUCAGGUCAUCUUGACAGUGACUGAAAUUUGCUCAGCUGUGAAAUGAUCUAAAUUAUUUGGUCUUUGCUGGCAAAGACCGAAGAAGAAAACCGAAUCCGAUCGAAGAUCGAAUUGAUUAGGAGGUGUAUAUUUGUUAUAUUUGUGUUCAUUAAAAAGUCUGUUCUACUUAAUGUAAUGUAUACUGCUAUUCAUUUUCUUUUAUAAAUAUUAGUUUUUAGCAUAUUUGUUCAAUUAGUAUCUGUUUGGAAUUAAUAUGUUACAGAUAUUUCUCUGUUUUAGUGUCUGUAUGUAGUUAAUAUGUUGCAAAUAUCUCUCUAGUUUUCCUGUUUAAAUGACACUUAUGUAAAUGUUGAAAAUCUUUAUGAAAUAAUAUUAUUUAACCAAAGACCUUUUUGCAUAAUUGACAGUGCAUUUUAGAUUUUAUUAUAUUUUGACCCAGUGAUAAAAUAUAUUUACAGUGAGAAUAUAUUUUACAUUUACCCAAUGAAGAAAUACCUUAUUAUUACCAAAGAAGAAGUAUAACAUCUUUGACACAGUGAGAAUCUUAUAACUAACAUAAAAAAAUCAUUAAAAACUAUUUAUAUGUAUGUAUAUAUUUAUAUAUAUUCAACUGAAUCUUUUAUUCUUCUACUAAGGAAAGCACUUACUUGAAAGCUUUGUAAUUUAUGUAAACAUUGUAUAUUAUUAGUUUAAUGUGAAUAUGUAUUUUUAUGUGUAAAUUUAGGUUAUAAAAUAGGUGUAAUUAUAUAUUUUAAUGUAAAAUGACGUAUUUAUAUAAUUUAAAAAUAUACAUGGAAAUAAUAAACUUGGUUAUGUGUUUGGUUUGAUUUAAGGAUAAAAACUAUGCUUUUAGGCAUUUUCCCAUUAGUUAUGAGAAAAGUUUCAAAUGUUUGGCAAUCUGGCAAUAUUUUGUUCUGCGUGUGUGUUUAUGAUUAAAAAAGUAUAUGUAUUAAAAAUAUUUAACCAUACGUCAUUUAUACCUCAAAGUGUUUUUAUUAAUUUUUGCAUUUAUUAUUUUAUCAUUUGCAUUUAUUAAUUUUACCAUUAUUUAUGUUCAGGUAUAUGUUUCACUGUAUGUACAUAAUUAUAUUUCAUUAUUUAUUAGAUCAGUUUGCUUUUUAUAUGUUUCAAAGUUGAAAUAUGUGUAUUCAUUUGUUCACAUUCAAGAUGUCCGGGUUAUUGUUCAAAAGUGGAGACAUAAAAUUUUUAGUUGUAUUGGAAAUCUUCAAGAUAAUGUAUUUUUCCUCCUUGAUGAGCAGAACUUGAUUGCAUUAUUGUUUUGUAACAAGCUUUAUAACACUGAAGGAGAACUGAUGAGAAAAUGCCUUUUUUAAUAUGUAUAUACAUGAAUAUUCGCAUUUGAGGAAAUCAAUAACUGAUGUGAUAUUGUUUGAGAUGAAUUUAUAAAAAUAGUCUUGUAUUAAUCAUAACAUUAUUCAGCUUUGUUAGCAUUAGAAUAUAUCCGAUACAUAAAUUGCUUAAAACAGUAACCAGGGCUUAAAUUUAGCCAGAGCCUACCUCUAGUACUUCUCAGUUUUUUAACGAAGUCAUAAUUUCACUUAUAGUCCAAAAUAACAUUAACUGCAGUUCUUUAUUGUAUUACUGAUUAAAUUGACAUUGGCACUAGCUACUGAAGAGCCUCUCUUUUCUACAAAAAAGCAAAAUAUGUAGGAAAACUUGAAAUGGGAAGGGAAGAAUCCUCUGUGUUGAAAUAUGAUCUCAUCAGGAAAAAGAACAGGAACUUUACCAGCACACAUUUAACUUCCUGUUCAUUCUUUGACGUUCCCUGAACUUUAGAGGAUGCUGACUCUUGCUGUCGUCAAAAAGGCUUUCAAUGAAUCAGUAGCCAAAAUGAGAAAGCAGUUUUAUUUCACCAUGAAGAAUACUCUUCCAUAUAGGAGCAGUGUUAUUCUUUGAUAAGGCUUUUUUUCAUCAAUCCUGAAUAUCCUGUCUUGUUAUCAUUAGUUGAUUCAUCUUUCACUUAUUUUAUUAUUUAUUUAUUUAAUAUUAAUUUAUAUAAACUCUUUGAUACAUUAUCUAUUUAUAUUUUAUUUCAUUUUACUUAUUCAUUAUUUUCUAUUUUAUUUAUUUAUUUCUGGUGGCUUUCUCUAUGCUGGCACGCAACUGAAUGGUAAAGUUUCUGAUCACUGAUAGUUAAACUUGGGUCAAAUUCUGGAGAACAAGCCAGCAGCAUGCGCAUUUUCACAGUUUUCCCCAUAUGUAAAUGUAAAUACAAGCCAUUUCCCUCAAAAGGUCUGUUAUGAAGAUAUUCCUUCCCUUAGGGCAAGCAAGCAAGGACAGAUACCCUUGCUUGCUUUGCCAUAAUCAAAUAAAUGAACUAAUAGUGGCCUUCUAAUUUUAGAAAUUAAGUCUUGUUGUGCACACUAAAUACAGUUAGGUUUGUUGAAUUUUUAAAAAAAAUAAGGAAAUAUUAUUUCAAAUUUGGAAAUAAUUUAUAUGAACUGUACUGAAAAAUACGUAAUUUGUAAUGAUCAUAUCAUUGCAUAAAAUAACUGCAUUUGAAAAGGGUGACCAAACUGGAUAUAGCUACCUUAUUUCCUGUGCUACAGGGACUUUUAUCACAAUGCUUGCUUUUUAUCUCUGUGACUGUCAAAAACCUGGCCUUGCAAAAACAUGACAUUGCACAGUAUUUUUAUGAUAAUCCCAAAGAUAGGAAAUUCUUUGCUGUAAAAUUUUACUUGAAGUUUAUUGUUAAAAGAUAGCUCAGUAAAAUUUUCUUCUAAAUUCAGAGCUUUCUGAUUUUGGAAUGAGCUUUGAAUUUGUUUUAAUGUAAUAUAUGAGUGAGCUGCAACACUCAUAGCUGAUACUAAUCAACCUCAUGGUUAACAUGACUCACAGACACACACAUACACACACACCCAAAAAAAAAAAAAAGGAUAAU